AUGGCCCCAGCAUCAACACUCAUUCGGCGCAAUGAUACCGGCUCCGUUGGUGCUGGAAAUGGCAGUUGGCGUGAGCUCGCCUCGGACGAAGAUUUCAUCCUCGAGUCAUGGAGUCAAGGUUUCAUGGUUGGAGCCCUUCUCAUAAUGGCAUGCAUCACGGUGGCAAAUAUGAGAAGAGGGGUUCUUCUACACAAGUUCAUUCUCGUUGAACAAUUAGCGGCUCUUUCACAUGGUACUUUUUGUUUUAUGGCCUUCAAAGGUUACGGCUGGUAUUUAUCGUCAACUGCUGCUCUCCUUUACUGCUCCUGGAUUGUCCACAACAUCGUCGCCUGGAUGAAAAUUCGACCUUUUUUCUGCGACUCGAGGUCAAUGUUCAAACCUGAGACAGGCAAAUGGGUACGAAGAAUAUAUCUGGGGACAUUGGUGUGCACCAUCCCUCCUAUCAUCCUCCAAAUUUACGACAAUUUCCGUUUCUUCAACAACAUCAACGACUUUUAUGUCCAAGUCAGACCAUAUGAGCCGUUGUUUAGGGACCCGUGGUGGGUAUUCACUUGCAUCACGUUGUUCCACGUCAUUCGCAAAUGUUAUGGAACUGGUGUCUUCGAAUUAAUCAAGCGGUCUCCCCGUUUCGGUAUCCUUCUAUGCGCCAUCUGUCUCUCCUUGAUAUUUACAGCCUUGGAUAUUGUGGCAAGCAUUCAUAACUUCAUUGGCUCAACUGACGGCAUCAAUCCUUGGUGGAAGCUGUCGCUCGUAUUUAAAUGUCUGACCGACACAAUCAUGCUCGACGAUUUCAAGACCGAAUUGAAGCGCCUGGGCAUUAAGCGACUCCAGAAAGAUGAAAUGCGUCGCCAAAGUUUUGCUCUUGUCAUGGACCCCAAUGGGUCUAAAGAUGACGACGGUCAUAUGGAAUUCUCCGACGCCUUGAACGUCAAUCCCGCCGGGUUCCAGACCAUGCAGAACCUGGACAACAGCCCUAGUUCAAGCCCUAUGGGCAGAUUAAGACAAGACUCAGUCACCGACUCACAAGUACAAAUCAAUUCAAAGGAAUGUAUUGGGAAGGCUGGGAAAAAGAUAUCACGGUUACCUGGCCUGAAGGACUUUUCUUUCAUUCCCACGAAGGCAAAACAAAAAAUUGCUGACGACGAGAAACAAGAUGAUGAGAAUUCACCUCCUCGGUCACUACCAGAUCGAUUAUCACAGAUGAGACAAAGUCUAGGGGUGAUAAAUUAUCAUGCCCGCUGA